UUCAUAACGACCCUCCAAGGCAAACCGUAACUACAAUGUGGCUCGCGACAAAAAUGAGUUUGAUGCCCCUGCUCUGAGUGAUGGUAAACAUCAUGAACCCUUUCAUGCACCCUGUAACCUGAUGACACGAUCAACUGUCCACUGUAGUAAUCGCUGUCCCUGAAAGGGUUAAUAUUCCAAAUCUUUGAGGGCCCCAUUACUGCGUUUGCCAAAUAUGCACCUGAUUCCGUAUUUCUACACAAGUAGUCGUCCCCGAAAUAGUUCAUCUUUUGCUCAAUGUAUUAUAAAAAAGAGUGUUUGGUAACAAUGAAGAAGCGUACAAUAUCUCAACGCUAUCCAAAGCGCAUAGUAUUUGCAAUUUUGCUCCGUCUUGGAGCACUAAAAUUGAAAUGGACGCACACGAUUUGCUUUACGGGGGUCACAUCAAACGAUGUGGCCACCGGAUCUGACCUCGGGGGGGCCUUGAGUUUGACGCUUGUAAAAUGAAAUGGCUCGCAUGAGAUGGCUCUGAAGGGCUCCUGUUAUCCGGCGGGGAACGAGGAGACAGGUGUGAUUGGCUCAAAAAGAUAUUGAUGCCCUCCCUUGGGGUGAUGUCAGACAUGUUGGGCCCACUUGAACGCGAGUAACCCCGUCUGAUUUACCGAAAAUAACCCGGCCACUGCAGCAUCAGCACCGGGCAGCUGCGCAGGUGCGGCCGUUAAAGAGACAGCGGAGAGCGCAAAUCUCCUCCGCUGUUUACCUUCGCGGGUUUUACGCACCUCUUGGUUUUAAAAUACCCAAACGAGUGUUUUGAUUCGGGGGAUUAAAAAAAAAAUCGUCGUUCGAAGUGAAUGACUUAAAAAAAAAAAGACUCGAGAUUUUAUCAAGGAUGAUGUAAUUGUUCAUCAGUGUGCAGUGAACGCACACGUGCUGGAUGGAAUAAGCAAGAAACUGAGCAAUGUUAUUUUUGUUUUUUUCUUCCACUUUUUUUUCCCCUUUUCCGCGCAGCAGCAACGCCCUGCAACCUCACAGACCGGCGUGCGCAUCCCGCGCACCUCUCACAAGCUCACCGAGCGACCCGUCGGACGUCCGCACGUCGAGUUCCUGUUGCAGCACUUGAGUUCCAUUCUAGUAGCCGGCUCGGAGGCUACUCAACCAUCCUCCCGUCCUCGUCCUCCAUCUCAAACGUCGAGCGAGAAUUGGGACGCGGGCUCGGAGCGGAUGGAUACGUCCGAAGAUAAAGCGGCGGUUAUCUGAUGGGGAGCCGCAGCCACAGUUUGACGCCGGACAUGAUUUUCAUCUCGGGAGUUGCCUGUGCGGAGGAUGCGGGAUGAUGAUGACACCAUGAGCGGCUGCCGCACCCCAGGAGGUCUUUUGACGAGAAGCGGCCGUCUUCUUUUUGCCCCCGCGAACCAACUGGAUUGUUUUUGCCCUGGACUCGCCAUCAACGCGCCGGCUGGGACUAUUUGUUGGCGCUUCUGAUGUGCUGGGAUUGUGUUGUGUUUUUUUUUUUUUUCUGAAGGGAUCUCCUGUGGACUGUUGCUAUCCCACACAGGGAGGGAAAACAGGCGUCUCGCUUGCUCGUUUCGGCGCACAACAACAACAUGGCUGAAGUGACGGACGGGGUCUCCGUCAGCAUCCCCAUGGAGGAGACCAAACUUCACAGCGGGGCACCUCCGGAAGCGCCCCUGCUCACCCACCUGAAGAAAGUGGAAAAUCACAUCACUGAGGCCCAGCGAUUCACCCACCUCCCACGUCGCUCCGCCGUGGACUUGGAGUUUAAUGAGUUGUCUUACACCAUCCGUGAGGGUCCCUGGUGGAGGAGGAGAGGUUACAAAGCUCUCCUCAAGUGUCUGUCCGGAAGAUUUAACAGCAGAGAGCUGAUUGGCAUCAUGGGACCCUCCGGAGCCGGGAAGUCCACCCUGAUGAAUAUUUUGGCGGGAUACAGGGAGACGGGCAUGAAGGGUCAAAUCCUGGUCAAUGGUCGCCCGAGGGACUUGCGGACCUUCCGGAAGAUGUCCUGCUACAUCAUGCAGGACGACAUGCUGCUGCCGCAUCUGACCACCAGGGAGGCCAUGAUGGUCUCGGCUAAUCUGAAACUCAAUGAGAGCAUGCAGGUCAAAAAGGAACUGGUGCAUGAGAUUCUGACAGCUUUGGGGCUUUUGGACUGUGCUCAAACGCGGACCAACUCUCUUUCGGGGGGUCAGUGCAAAAGACUGGCCAUCGCCCUCGAGCUCGUCAACAACCCUCCCGUCAUGUUCUUUGACGAGCCCACCAGCGGUCUGGACAGCGCGUCGUGCUUCCAGGUGGUCUCCCUCAUGAAGUCGCUGGCUCAGGGGGGACGAACGAUCAUCUGCACCAUUCAUCAGCCGAGUGCCAAGCUCUUUGAGAUGUUUGAUAAGUUGUACAUCCUCAGUCAAGGUCAGUGCAUCUACAAGGGCACGGUCCCUUACCUCAUCCCUUAUCUGAAGAACCUGGGCCUCCACUGCCCGACGUAUCACAAUCCUGCAGAUUUCAUCAUCGAGGUGGCAUCGGGAGAGUAUGGCGACUUGAACCCGGUGCUCUUUGAGGCGGUCCAGGGUGGACUCUGCUCCGAGGAGGGCAAGAAGAACUCGAGAGACAAGAGUGACUCGUCCUGUCCCUCUCAGUGCCACAGCGACACGGGGACCCUCGAGAAACACAGCUUUGCCACCAGUACUUUCACCCAGUUCUGCAUCCUCUUCAAAAGAACCUUCAUCACAAUCUGCAGGGACACGGUGCUGACUCACCUCCGAGUGAUGUCCCAUCUGUGCAUCGGAGUGCUGAUCGGUCUGCUCUAUCUGAAAAUUGGAAACGACGCCAGUAAAGUCUUCAACAACACGGGUUUUCUCUUCUUCUCCAUGCUCUUUCUCAUGUUUGCCGCCCUCAUGCCCACCGUUCUAACCUUUCCUCUGGAGAUGUCCGUCUUUAUAAGGGAACACCUCAACUACUGGUACAGCCUAAAGGCCUACUAUUUGGCAAAAACAAUGGCGGACGUACCAUUCCAGGUGAUUUGUCCAAUCAUGUACUGCAGUAUCGUGUACUGGAUGACGGAACAGCCUCCGGAAGCUGGGCGCUACCUGCUUUUCGUGGCCUUGUCCACGUCUACAGCUCUGGUAGCACAGUCGCUGGGGCUGCUUAUUGGCGCGGCGUCCACGUCUCUGCAGGUAGCAACAUUCGUCGGUCCGGUGACAGCCAUCCCUGUGCUCCUGUUCUCUGGCUUCUUUGUCAAUUUUGACACCAUUCCCAAAUACCUGCAAUGGAGCUCCUACGUAUCCUACGUCAGGUAUGGCUUCGAGGGAGUGAUCCUCUCCAUCUACGGGAUGAACCGCACUGAGCUCGAAUGUCCGGGCCUCGUGUGUAAAUUCCAAAAGCCGGAGGAGGUCCUGCAGCUUCUUGACGUGGAGGAUGCGAAGCUCUACGUAGACUUCAUGGUGUUGGGGGUUUUCUUCUUCGUUCUCAGACUGGCCACUUACUUUGUCCUGCGCUACAAAGUCAAGUCUGAGCGUUGAAGGAGAUCAACUCCUCGGUUCAACUUGACCCUUGAAACUGCUUGAUAUUCAUGAACGUUUCCUGCGUCGCUUCCCCUCAUAAGUUGCUCCCCCUCCGGGCUGCUUGGAUUCCUUCUACAGUCGUCAUCACAGUCCGCAAGGACUGCUCAUCUUUCACUAUGCGUAUGAUCCGUGAC